AAAGAGUCCUGAACGAGUGAAGCUUGUAAGCCCUAACAAAUUAUGCAUGACACUUCACUUGUGCUGCAGCCAUAAUAAGACAACAAUCAGCAUCAUUCACAUUAAACAUUAAAGAUCCAAUAUUAAUAAGUCAUGUUGUAAAAGUCUAAAAAGAUAAAUGACAGAGUCUGCUCAGUCUACAACGUUGAACUCUGCACCUGUGGGCAUGCAGCUCCUACUCUGUAUGGAGAACAUGGGACGGCUCACUGACAAUCUGAUUGGCUCGUCUUAGAGUAUAGUCUGCAGGGAUGUGUGAUGUUUACCUCUCAUCAUCAACAACAUUCAGUCUUAGGCCCUCAGACAACACAAAGUCAGAUUCAGGAUAAGAUCUUAAUGAUGUGUUGUUUUAGUCUCUUUUAAAAAGAGCCCAAACCAGACAUUUGUUAUCUUCUGUGUCUUAUUUUGAAGGUUUUGUUGCCCUACUUCCCUUCCAGGAAGUAUCCAUUUCAGCUUGACGCAGUUUGUUUACCUCCCCGUCUCCAAGGUUACCGAGCUGUACACACAGACACAGAAUUCACGCCUGAAGACAACUUGAUAUUAGUAACUGCAACACAGUGUGUGUAAAGAUGGUGUCAGGUGAGGGGAAGUCGGACAUGGAGCGUCUGGGUGUGUUUAAAGAGAUGAGCUACAUCACAGUGGGAGAGAAAUAUUCUCCUCAAACAAACCGUCCGUUUAAUGAGUCCGCCUAUCUGAGCAGACAGAUGCAGGCGGGAAUCGCCAAACAGCGAUGCGCCCUGCAGAGCGGGUUCUUCGAGAAGUCCUUUAAUCGAAUAUUCGAACGCGAGGCCCUGAGCGACCCACUGAGACAGGCCCGACAGAACCGCAUCCAGCAGGCCAAGAAGAACCUGGGAAAGGCCUUCCUGCCCUGCAACAGCGUCAAGAAGCCCUGUGGUUCAGGGAGUUACUACGGGACUCUGUGUGGACCGGUUGAAGCCAUGAGUCCACUGACUGUAGCUCGGAAAGCCCGUCCUACACCUGGACGCAACAUCCUCACCUCACCUCCUAAAAAAGGCAGUGGUUACAGCUAUCCCAACGUGACACUGUCCAAGAUUGAGCUGUAUGUCUCAGACCCCUACAGCAGAGUCAAAGAAGUUCAAAAGAGGGAGGCAUCCAUCCAUCGCUCCAAGUUAAGAGAUGGUCCCUUCAAGCUCAACCUUCACCCCAAAGAAUACUUCCAACGCAACCCGUAUCGCAGUGACAAACCCCUCCCACCAGCCCACAAGCCCCUCCCACCUGCAAAGAAAGACUCUCCCGUUCCCUUCAAGCCCCCCUCCCCAAGCAAAAAGAUUGGAGGAAUGAAAGCGGGGACGUUUGACUCUUAUCCCUCACAUUCUUUUGAUUCAUACGUCAUCCGCCGCUCUAAACCUACCAAUCAGGAGCCAGUCUUCCGUCCUGCUCCUGGUCCUAAGAGCACACCUGUUAAGAGUAUCAUCGCCGUCAAUGUGAACAGGAGUGUGCACUCAGUAAACUACACUUCAACCAUUCCAACUUUGAUGACCUUUUGACCACAUGAUCCAUCGGGCCGUCACGCUGCUGUUUUCUGCUGUUUAAUACAUGAGCAAUAUCACACGAGAGGAAGUGAUGUACUGAAUAUCACAUGAAAAAAUAAUCACAGCAGUGUUGAUAUUCAGAACAGCGUCUCGACCUUGAUUGUGAUAUUAUC